UUGCUUACGUUCGGUUCGUUCGCAUUUCUUCUCUAUCUUAUAUAAUAUUAUAUUUUCUCCUAAAUCAAUUUUUUCACUACCAACAACAACAACAAUAAUAACAACUCAACUCAAAACUAAACUCUUCUCAAAACUCGCGUCAACCUUAACUUUAACCUUUACCAAAACUGAAACUCAACUGCAACUACAACUACAACUCAACUGUCUCAACUUUCCGUUUUGCUAAACACAAAAACAAACCAUUUAUUUUUGACUCUCGGCAUCGAUCAAGUUUUGGUUUUUGAAAUUGUUGCCCCCAAACCACGACGAGGAGCCAAAGGAUAUAGCCGAAAUCCCCCCCGAAAGCCAUGUUUUGAGUCGAUUUCGUGUAAAAACAAAACGUAAACGUGAACGCCAACGUAAACGCAAAUGUAAAAAUCGAUAAGCCACACGCAGCCAGAAAACUCAGCGCGAACGUGUCCGUGUGUGUGCUUUCUCCGCUUUCUCCGCUCUGUUUUCCGUUUCUCCUGCUGACCAAAAAAAUACCGUUGGCCCUGGCCAAAAAGGCAGAACGAACUCCGGGCCAUCCGACGACACAGAACAAAAAAGCCUCAAAAUAUAAAAAGGACACUCCGGCAAAUGACGGGUACUCCGGCACGAGACCACCCAGCGCCGUCGAAAUGUGUGAAGUGGCUGUGAAACCCGAGGAAUCCUACUACCACUGAAAUCCUACUACCCCCAAAAACGGGAAAAUAUACCAAUUUACAAUAACAUGCAAAUUAUGAAGAAUAUUUAACCAAGAAGGACACGGAGCAGGACACAGCCGAAAAGCCGGAAAAUGCCAGAAGAAGCCUGAUAGGGAAGGACCUGUAACCUACUAAAUCCUGUCAAAACUCUAAGAGAACUUUCGGCGAGCCAAACUCUAUAUAUUAUAUUACUAUAUAUAUUAUAUAUAUUUUCCAUGCGAGAUAACCCCAGUCACGUUUCCUUUCCGCUUUUGCCACCAACAAGAACACCCCCUGAGACGGUCUUUGCUCGCUCGAAAUUCGCCACUCGCUUCAGCACUUAGCCUCUAAACUGGGUCUCCACUCCAGGAUCUAACUAGCCAAGCCAACAAGCAAACCCUAAGCCUUCGAACCUCUAUUUCUAUUACUCUGGAACCCCAAACGUCCCCUCACAUCAGAAACAUGCCACGCUGCCUGAUUGCCAAAAAGUGGAAGGCCUAUCCCUGGCUGGAUCGGCCGGAGGACAAUGGCCAGCAACAGCAGCCGCAACAACAACAGCCACAGCCACCCACAGCCUCUUCCAGGGAUCUCGAGGAGACGCCUCACCUCAAGUCCAGACGCUCCACCCUGGACGAGGACGAAGAGAUCGACGUGGUGGGCGACAAAUAUCUGACCAAACUGGAAAAGCAACGCACAACGAUUGCAGCCAUUGCGGCAGCAGCAACAGCAUCAGCAACGGCAACGGCAUCCGUGGAGGCAGCAGCCGCCACCCAGCACAGUGGAGCCGGCAGCAUCGAGAGUACGACGGCAACAUCCACCACGACGGCCAAGUGCUGGGGUCCCAGCUCGCCCACGGCGGGUACAACGGCCCCCAGUCCGCCGCCCCAUUCCCCGGAGGCGGCGACGCGAGUGGCCGGCACUGUUUACAACGGAUACUCCCGCGAACUCUCGCCGCUGCAUUAUACCGCGUACCUGCCCCGCAUGGAGAGCGAAAUCACCGUUAUCCGUGCCGCAGCCACAGCCCUGGUGGCAGCCGCCUCGGCCAACUCGGCGACGGCUGGCGGGGAUCAGCACCUGGCCGCCUACCAGACACCGCCCUCGUCCACCACCUCCUCGCCCUCGUGCUCGCCCAGCGGCAACGGGGACCGCUACAGUCCGAUAUCCUCCGGACAGACGACCAGCGAACGGAAGUGCUUCUCGAGUACGGGAGCCACGUUGUCGCUGCCGCCAAAGAAAAAGGACAUUUACAGGCCGUACUCCCUGGACGAUAAGCCGGCGCACGGAUACCGGCGGAGGAUACCAGCGGAGGAGGACCUGCAUGCGGCGCACGCCAUACUGGAUUUGAGUGCCUCCACGGCCUUCCACCCGCCCACGCAGCCACAUCAGUUGCAGCAACAGCAACAGCACCUGCCGCUGCAGCAGCAGCAGCAUCAGCAACACGCCACACCGCACCACACCCACUUCGCGGCGUUGGAGGCGCAUGCGCAUCUGCGCAGCACCUCAUCGAUUGCCGAACUGGCUGCAGCAGCCAGUGCGGUGAACGAGCAACAUCAGCAGCACCAGCAACAGCAGCAGCAACACCAGCAGCUGCAACAACAGCGCCCGGCCAGCAAUCUCUCCAGCGCGAGCAGCAGUCACGCCAGCCUCUCCAGCUCCAGUUCCAGCAAUGUCCAAAACGAGAACAGCAACACCACAAACACCAACCAGCCGGAGGUCCUGUCGCUGUCGCCCGAGUCCCCGGGCGAUGGGGAGAGUGUCGCCGGCUCGGUGGGGUCCGGAACGGCGGCCAAGACGGUGGCCUACACCUACGAGGCCUUCUUCGUGAGCGACGGACGCUCCAAGAGAAAACAUGUCGCCGAUCCGACGGCAGCUGCCGCUGGGGUCCCGGCGCAGGAACAACAGAAGACAAAGUACACGUGCUCGGAGUGCGGCAAGCAGUACGCCACCUCCUCGAACCUGUCGCGCCACAAGCAGACGCACCGCUCCCUGGACUCGCAGUCGGCUAAGAAGUGUCACACCUGCGGCAAGGCCUACGUCUCCAUGCCGGCCCUGGCGAUGCACGUGCUCACCCACAAGCUGUCGCACAGCUGCGGCGUGUGCGGCAAGCUCUUCUCCCGCCCCUGGCUGCUGCAAGGACACCUGCGAUCGCACACCGGCGAGAAGCCGUACGGCUGUGCGCACUGCGGCAAGGCCUUCGCCGACCGCUCCAACCUCCGGGCCCACAUGCAGACCCACUCGGUGGACAAGAACUUCGAGUGCAAGCGCUGCCACAAGACGUUCGCCCUCAAGUCGUACCUCAACAAGCACCUGGAGUCGGCCUGCCUCAAGGACGAGGAGGAGCUGAUGAUGUCCAUGUCGCUGUCCAUGCACGACGGCAGCAACAGCGAGAGCGGGGCCAGCAUGGCCUCCUCGCCGCCGCACGAGUUCCUCGAGCGGGUGAAGAUGGAGGCGGUGGGCGGCGGCGGCGCGAACGGUGGCGGCGGACCAGCGUACGCCAUGUAAGGAGAACAGAAUGCUGCAGCAAGCUGCUUAGCUGGUUAGUUAAUUUACCGUUAAUGUUAAAGUUACCGUUACCAUUUACAACUAGGUUAACCGAUAGACGUUUUUUAUAGAAAGAGAAAACAUACAUCACAAUACGUCCAAGAGCAAAGUGUAGUAGAGUAACACAGAGACUGUAGAAAUUCGCAUUAGGCAGCCAAGCAACCAAAAAACCAAAAAAACCAAAAAAACAAAAAAAAAAUACUCCCAGGGGUGUUACAGAAAUCUUGAAAAGGAUACAUUUUUAUAGAUUUCCCUAGCUUCCCUGCCAAGCAACUCGAAAUGGUACUACCUUUUAGCUUAAGCGAGUUGAACAUUCCUAAAGAAACCCGAAACCCAAAAGAUCUAAAAACAAAUACAUUCCACAAAGUACACCCACAACACACACAAAAUACACACACAGAGAGCCUUGUGUAUGAGGCAGUAUGCCACAUGCAUUCCGAGAACCUGAAGAAAUCUAAGAAGUUCUAGCAGCUAUAUUCAAUCUAUCUAUCUAACUAACAAAACUAACAAACUAGCAAAACAAAAAUCUGAUAGGAGUACUAUAUUCAAAGCAUUAUAGAGUGUACUUAUAAUCCGUAGCUAAACACACACUCUAUCUCUCCAGAACACUCUCCUCUAGCUAACUCUCUAACUCUAUUCGACACACAAGUAUUCCUACACUACUCUAAACUCUACUCUAUCCCUAAAACCUAAAACCUAUAGAACCUUUAGAACCUUAAAAAACUAAAAAAAAAUCUAUAUCUUUAAUCGACAACGUUGACAGCAACGACGACGUGGACGAGACGAAGUGAUUAAAAUUAAUGCAACGAAUACAAAAGCAAAUGCAAUGUUUCUCAAACAACGAAUUAGGACUUAAGGGCAGCCUAUCUAUAAGCAGUAAUUACGAGUGCUAGCCACUAACAAUUUUAAACUAAGUCACCAAACAAAGCGACAUUUAAGCACUCAACGAUUUUUAGAUUCGAUAUAUACAUAGAGAAAGGACAACGACACAAAUUAAUCAAAAUCGAAGCUAAAACAAGCAACAAAUUACGAAACGCAAAGCAAUAUUUAUCGGGCUUGCGAACCGGUCUUAGCGGUGGAAGCGGUUCAGGAGGACCAACUCGAAAGGAAGAACUUCCCCUAGCCGGUUGGACAAGACCUCGUAUGUAGUAACCCCUGUAGAAAGCAUCACGAUCACGUUUAUAUAUAGGUAAAGUCCCCGCCCCUCCCAUCAAUUCAUUCAAUUUAUUAAUCACAAAGGCUAGAAGAGCAUUGCAGGACCUCAAGAGGGCGGCCAAGUGGGUUUUUGGGCCAAAAUUAGUCAAUUAACAUUCCCCCAGUUACUUAAUUUAUUCUAGACCUUAGGGAAGUGAGCAUCUAGUCGCUGUCUAACAGCAGAGCAUUACUCAACCAAAGAAUCACCAGUUCCCAGUGUUUAAGCCCAGUCAGGGAUUCCGUUCGAGGCCCAAUUAGGUAUAACAGUCAGCAGCUACCAAAGACCAAAGAUCUCAAGCGAUUCGGAGAGAGCCCCCGUCUACAAGAGAGGAUUGUAGGACAGACAGAAAUAUAUCGAGUGUGAUCUAGUCUCAAGCAUUUAACAGUACACUUCGUCCAUGCGUGAAUAUACUUUUGCACCUUCGUCACCUACCGACCUAGUACGAUAUUACUUAGCCCCUUAUGAUACCUGUAGUACCUAUUGUUCAUUUACUCGUCAGUACUCAUUACUUCAUCAUCCAUCACUCAUUAUUCAUCCUUCGAACUCACACACAAGCUCACAGGCAAACACAUACACGAACAAUCGCUGCACAAAUUGUAAAUACUAGAUCCUAGAAUAUAUAUAACUAUAUAUACACAUACAUACAUCAGACAUUAAUACUCAACUGAAAAUCAGCUUCAGCAACCGAUCUCAAAGAGGAAGUGGGGAAGAAGUGCAACGAACAUUUUGUAGCCCUAGUUGUAGCGAUGUUUAGAGUGGAGAGAUAUAUACGGAGAUAUAUAUACAUCUAGAAUACGUAUGUAGUUGCGUAAUAUUUACAAGCAUAUAUAUACACAGAUAGGGCUAGCCUCCAGACAUGUAACCGUAAGUUAAACCUAGAUAUAAUCACGAAAUUAUUUUUAUACUGUUAUUCGGCGGAAGCGGACGCGAACGGAGAGGAAGGAAGUGCGUCAAGAGGUGAGAGGUGGCAACACUCUUAAGGAUUAAUAUUAAUCGAAUAAUCGAGACGAGAUCGCAAUCGGAAUCGACUAAAUCGGCUAAAGUACCAAAGCAAAUACUCAAUUGAAAAAAGAAAAACAUAACCCAAUGAAAAGCGGCGAAAACCAAUUACACUUAUUUCAAUUACAACUACAAUUAAUUAUAUAUAAUAUAUAUAGCGUUAUCCUAGAAAUAGUCGCCUAUUAUUUUAUACGGUAUUGUUUAUUAUUUCGACUCAAACAAAAAUGUAAUGAAUAUUUAUGAAAUUUGCAUUAUAAGGACGUUGAAUUGAAUUGAAGCCCGGCAAUAAUAUUAAAUUUAAAAAAUUUUGUAUAACAAUUGUAUAGAAGGCGAACCGAAGGCGGAGCGGAAAGUAAAGCAAUAACUUAACUAAACGAGUUAAUCGAUUUAUUAGUCUUAAAUACUGUAAGGUUGAAACUACUUACAAUUAGUAAUCGAAGCACACUUGUAAAAACGAGAAGCGGGAAAACCAAAAGCAAUUAUAAAGUUACAAAUAUACAAAAUACAUAUUAAAUACCUACACUUUACAUGCGAAUAAAA